CCAAGGUUAAAUAAUCUGUGCUGUUAUUUUGAAAUGCUCCAUGCUGUUAUUUUGAAAGGAUUGUUCCCUCUGCCAGCGGGUUACUUCCUGUUUAUUUUAUCAGCCUGUCGCAUGUCGAGAUGCUGGUUCGACUGACCAAUCAGGUGUCAGCUCUCAUCUAGUUCACCUCCGUAAAAAAAAAGGUUUUCCCUCUCUUGAGAAGCGAGGAGCGAGAGCAAACAUCGAAACCCACAGUACAUGAAAGAUAGACAGAAAAACUCUAAAAGUUGAUUAAAAUUAAUGAAAACUGGCUGGAUAGUUUCACUACCAUCCCGUGAGAGAACAGCGAGAAGGAUCUGUCCUCACUAGAGGAGUAAUAACGCAUCGGUCAGGUUUUUUGUGGAUCCCGAGAGUUCCCGAUCUACCUGGAGUUGGAGCUUAGAUGUUUGAUGGCGAGCUACGGCCCAAUGGAGAAGAAUUAGCGAGUCAAUUGCAUGCAGAAGAUUGGAAUCCUGAACCCCAGAAACUUUGCUUCCACGCACACAGUCAACGCAUUCAACAGUGCGGUAGGAUAAACAGUUGCCACUUUUCCAGUGGACUGGGCAGUAUUACCUGCUGCAAGGACUAAGUGUUUGAGUUUGAAGGGUUAAAUUGAAUAUUGAACCAAAGACUAUUUAAACAGCUGUGAAUUGUUUUCUUAUUUUUUUAUUUUUCAUAUCUACCCGGGUAACAAUUGUACAAAUUAUUUACACUGUAACUGUUUUCUAUUCAUCCUUCCCUGUUUUAUUAAAUGGGAAGAGGAGUUCUUUCUAAAAGGAGAGAUACUGUGUCCGAGUUGUUCCUGGUGUGUUGUUUGGUUCAUCCUUGGCUCUGUAGUCGGCUCUAGAGCUUCUGAUCUCACUAGCCAUAGAUAAAUUAUAUUUCAAUUAUUCACCACAGUUUCUUAUAUAUGGUGUAGCUCCACCAAAAAGGGUUACAUAAAACUUGGCGAGCUAGCCAGGAGCCUAGUUUAUUGCCAAACAAUAACCUGGAACAUACUCCAUUUUGUUUUACAUUUUUUUUUGACAACACGACCCACAGUAUUAAGAAAAUGGAUGUUAUUGAUAAGCUAAGUGUUAAAGUUCCAAAUGCAGUCCUUGUGAGUGGAUUAACAGGGUCAGAUAAAGAUGAAGAGAUUCAUGACUUUCUGAAAAGGUAUGGUUCAAUUAACAGAACUUUAAGAAUAGAUGACCCAACAACAGAGUUUCAUACAAACCUGAUAGUAGAGUAUAACCACGGCACUGCUGUACAAGCAUUAGAGCCUCUUUUACCUUAUACUUACUCAUUUCCAGACGAUCCUUAUGUCAUCUACCAUGUACGAGCCCUGGCAAGUGUCUACACACAGAAGGUAGGCAGUAAUGUCACACAGACGUACCUUGAAAACCUUAAGGGAAUAGCCAAGCUGAGUGGAAAGGACUUUGAGGAGGUGUUAAAGGAGGCGAUGUCACAAAUAGAGGAGUCUAUUGAAGGUGCAGAGCCCAGCCCACACAAGAUUCCACCGCAGCUGCUGGUCGACGCUCCUUCUCUCGUAACACUUGGUCUCCCUGAUGUUGAUCCGAGUACAGCAUCGGCCCCCUCCUCUAAAUCAAAGACACCCACAAAUCUAAAUUCCAGUGAGCUCAACCCACCUGAAGUGCAAAAGAUAGUGGUAGAGCACAUUGUAAGAAGUGAAGACAGACCCUCACACUCUCAUCCUGCCUUGAGAUUGAGAACUUUCUCAGGUAAGAUUCCUCGACCAUACAGUGAGGUUGAUUACGACACUUGGCGAUCCCAUGUUGACUUGAUGAUGAAAGACACUUCUGUCUCUGAUCUUGAGAGAACUCGAAGAAUCCUUGAGAGUCUUCUUGUCCCGGCUUCUGAUGUCAUCAAACAUCUUGGUCCUGAAGCGCCCCCUACGGUCUAUCUGCAAAUGUUAGACUCUGCAUUUGCCACAGUUGAAGAUGGUGAGGAAUUGUUUGUACGGUUUAUGGGCACACUCCAGGACUCUGGUGAAAAACCAUCUACCUAUCUGCAACGUCUUCAAGUUGCCCUUGGUAAUGCUGUGCGCAGAGGAGGUGUUGCAGCACAAGAUUCAGACAAGCAUCUUCUCAGACAGUUUUGCAGAGGCUGUUGGGACAACGUCCUGCUUGCUGACCUCCAUCUAGAACAGAAAAAACAAACCCCUCCAUCAUUUGCUGAACUGUUGUUACUUUUACGUACAGAAGAAGAUCGACAAGAAGCAAAAGUCAUGAGGAUGAAACAACACUUGGGUACCACGAAGCAGAAAGCUGUGUCACACGUUCAAAGUGUGUAUGAAUGUGGAGAAACCAAAGCUGAAUUUGAUGCAAAUAGCAUACAUGAGCUGAGGAAACAGGUUGCAGAUUUGAAGAGUCAGCUAACCUCUCUCAUGAAAAAGAAAAAGACAACCUCUUCCAAGAGGGAAACAUCGAAAAUGACAGAAACACAAAAACCUGACCAUGCAAACACAGAAAUCAAUCUACCUUCCCAUAAGGGCGCCACUUCCAAGCCAAAGCCUUGGUACUGUUUUCGCUGUGGGGAAGAUGGGCACAUUGUAGUAACCUGUGAGUCUGACAACUGA